AGCUUACUGAUAAGCAACAUGAAGCACUAUAUAAGUAGCGAGUAUUAUUUCACAAGAGUUUAGUGAGAUUCUGACUUUACGAAGCAACUUUAAACGUGGCAAAGUACUUUAUAUUUGGACUGAUCUGACAGUUGUCCCUGGCGAUUUUAAAAAAAAAUUAAUUGUGAUUAUGGCGGCAGUUAUACCAGCUGUGACUAGAAUUUCAUCAAGAAUUAUUAGAGUUUUGGGAUGUAAUCCCGGAACUAUGACCCUUCAGGGAACCAACACAUAUAUUGUAGGAACCGGAAAAAGGAGGAUUUUAAUUGAUACAGGUGAUUCCGAUGUGCCCCAAUACAUCAACCACUUAAGAAGUGUCCUAAAUUACGAAGGUAUAGAUUUGGCCCACAUUUUUAUUUCCCACUGGCAUCAUGACCACAUUGGAGGUCUUACAGAUAUACUGGAAGAAUUUAAAGAAAAAACAAAAUUUUGCCAAGUGUGGAAAUACCCAAGAGCUGAAGAAGACAUACCCAAAAAUGUGACGAUAGAAUCUUUAAAGGACGGUCAAGAGUUCACAGUCGAAGGUGCAACUUUAAAAAUUGUCCACACUCCAGGUCAUACAGAAGACCACAUUGUCCUUCAUCUCCUCGAGGACAAUGCCGUUUUCAGCGGGGAUUGUAUUCUGGGCGAAGGAACAGCCGUUUUUGAAGAUUUGUACGAUUACAUGAAUUCUCUGCAAGAAAUUGCCAACCUCCAACCCAGUGUUAUAUACCCGGGCCACGGAAAUGUUAUUCAGAAUCCAAUGGAAAAAAUCCAGUUCUACGUCGCCCAUCGAAUGGAGAGAGAGCAGCAAAUCAUGGACGUCCUCACGAACAACAGAGAACAGACUUUCGGCGAGCCUGAUUUGGUCAAAUUGAUCUACGUCGACUUACCUGAAAAGCUAACCAAAGCCGCCGAAGCCAACGUCAACCACCAUCUGAUAAAACUGUUGAAAGAGCAACGGGUGAGAAAACUUGACGGUCUCUGGCAGAUCAGCGAUCAAAAUAAUUACAUCAAAAGCCGUUAAGUAUUAAAAGUGUCCAUAUUUAUAUCUACCCAUUGGAAAAGGCUGUUAAAAAUGAAGUAUAUGCGUAGGUUAAGGCGGGGUGGAUGCAAAACGUAAAAUUUUCUGUGUGUUUUAGUCAAUUCUAUUGUGAAGACACAUUUCGACAAAAAAUUCUUCACAAAAGUAUUAAAAUUAUAUAAACUAAAAUAGUCAAUGUUUCGGUAAGUUUACUGACAUCAUCAGGCCAUCAAAAAAAUUGUAAUCGUAAAUUUGACGACGUAUAUCGCAGGAAAUUUUAUAGUAUUUGUUUACCCUUAUAGCUUUAGUUAGUUGUAGGAAUUAUUUAAUUUAAAAGUAUUGUUAAUAGGUAAAUUUUUUAUUUAAACAUCUAAUCACCAAAUAAAAGUGAGUACAUGAA